AGUACGCACAGACACAGUGGUGAGUGAGUGUGGUUGUGGACAGAAUAGAAUAUGUCUUCUUUCUCCCACCAUAUACAAUGCAGACGAAAAUGAAAUGCACCCUUGUUCGAUUCAAUUCCUGACCACCACCACCACCACCACCGCCACGUCACCCUUCUUCUUCCUCCUUCACUCUCUCCACCAUGGCUUCUUCAUUGCUCUCCUCUUGCAUGUCUCUCUCCCACCACCACUCUCGCCGCCGCCGGAACCUCCUCUCCAACUCCCAACUCACCUCUUUCAAUCGCACGCCCACCACCAAUCUCAACCCUCCGCCCCGCUCCGGUAAAGUAAUGGCUGUAGCUUUGCAACCUGCUCAAGAAGUUACAACAAGGAGAAAACCUCCUGUAAAGGAAAGACGAGUAGUUGUGACUGGUUUGGGCGUGGUUACAUCACUUGGUCAUGAUCCAGAUGUCUUCUACAAUAAUUUACUUGAUGGUGUCAGUGGGAUAAGUGAGAUUGAUAGAUUUGACUGCGCUGAGUUUCCAACGAGGAUUGCUGGGGAGAUCAAGUCUUUCUCGACUGAUGGCUGGGUAGUACCAAAACUUUCAAAGAGGAUGGAUAAAUUUAUGCUGUAUCUGCUGACAGCGGGAAAAAAGGCCUUGGUUGACGGUGGAAUUACUGAAGAUGUAAUGGAUGAGUUAAAUAAAAGAAAAUGUGGUGUUUUGAUUGGAUCAGCAAUGGGUGGCAUGCAGGUUUUCCAUGAUGCUAUUGAAGCUUUACGAAUCUCAUAUAAGAAGAUGAAUCCUUUCUGUGUACCCUUUGCAACAACAAAUAUGGGCUCUGCCAUGCUUGCAAUGGAUCUGGGCUGGAUGGGCCCUAAUUAUUCAAUCUCUACAGCGUGUGCUACAAGUAAUUUUUGUAUAUUGAAUGCUGCAAACCAUAUCAUUAGAGGUGAAGCUGACGUGAUGCUUUGUGGUGGCUCAGAUGCUGCUAUAAUACCAAUUGGUUUGGGAGGUUUUGUAGCAUGCAGGGCACUCUCACAGAGAAAUAGUGAUCCAACCAAAGCUUCACGCCCAUGGGAUACUAAUCGUGAUGGAUUUGUCAUGGGAGAAGGGGCUGGAGUUUUGCUUUUAGAAGAAUUAGAGCAUGCUAAGAAAAGGGGUGCAAACAUAUAUGCAGAGUUUCUUGGUGGAAGCUUCACGUGUGAUGCAUAUCAUAUCACUGAGCCACGUCCUGAUGGAGGUGGUGUUAAACUUUGCAUUGAAAAGGCUUUAGCUCAUUCUGGAGUGUCAAGGGAGGAUGUGAACUACAUAAAUGCACAUGCCACAUCCACACCGGCUGGAGAUCUUAAGGAGUACCAGGCUCUGAUUCAUUGUUUUGGCCAAAAUCCUGAGCUAAGAGUGAAUUCAACAAAAUCUAUGAUUGGUCAUCUACUAGGGGCAGCUGGUGGUGUGGAAGCCGUCGCAACAGUACAGGCAAUAAGGACAGGGUGGGUUCAUCCUAAUAUCAAUCUAGAAAACCCCGACAAAGGAGUGGAUGCCAAUGUGCUUGUGGGAUCAAAGAAAGAGAGACUGGAUAUCAAGGCGGCUUUGUCAAACUCAUUUGGUUUUGGUGGCCACAACUCUUCAAUCAUAUUUGCCCCUUAUAAGUGAAACAUAUUUCAAACGUAUUACCUUACUUUCAUUAUAAAGAAGUUGCUGAGUGACCAGGCAAUGUAUCCCACUCACACCAUCUCUUUGGUUUAGUGAAAAUGGAUGUGCUGUGAAUUGCUUACUUGGAUGAUCAGUAAUGUCCAAACAUUGAUGAGAUGACCCUCUAGAAUCAAAACUUCCAGAGAUUGUAUGGUGCUUCCAGUGAGAUAGAGUUGAGUCUAUCAGCUGCUGAAAUCCCCUAUCUAACCAUGAAUUACUAGAGUAGGAGUUGACGCUGAUGUAACUGUUACACAACCCCUUGAUGGAACUUGGACAUUGUUUUAUUGCCAUAUUCAAGAUGAAGACAUGAAGAUAAAUUGAUUGUAGUGUUUUUUUUUUGAGCUGGCAAUAGGUUAGAUAACACUUUUUACUGGAGUUUAAGCCUUAGAGGGUGAUUUCAAUUUAGUGAGCAGUUUGUCUUCUGCAACGUGGAUCUAGCCUCCAGAUUUGUUUAAUAUCAUACUGAGGAUAUGUGAUAGCAAUAGCUAUUAGAUUAGAUUCUGUGUUUUACCUCUACUGAGUGACCAACAUUCAAAACCUAUUCAGGUAAUUUUCACACUGUCCUCUGACC